CGGCAUCUCUCUCCCUCGGAUUUCUUCUCCCACUCCGGCGCACCAUGGAGUUCGUCUGCCCUAACGACCCGACGGUGUGGGAUGGGAAAGGCUUCACGCAAUGCUUCGAGAAUAUGGUAUUGGGGUUCGGAGCAAAUAUGGUGACUGUGAGUGCGGUUCUCAUUCUCGGAUUGACACAGAGGAGCUCUGGAAAAAAUAGGAAUGUCAGGGUAGACCACUUAAAACUGGUCUGUUUACAAAUUGUCUCAGCUUUUGGAGUUAUCCUUGGUCUAUACGAAAUAUAUUUGCUUGUUAAGAACAAUCUUGAAGGACAUAUUAGCGAGAGUCAUUAUUGGUUCUACCGAUGCUCUCAGCUUAGUUCUUGGAUGGUACUUCUUCUAGCCUCAAAAUUGGAGCACUGGUUCUAUGUGUUUUGUAAUCCCAUCUUGUGCUUUUGGUGGAUCCUAAAGCCUCUUCUGGAGAUCCCUCAUCUUCUGUGGAGUUUAUCAUCGCUAGAGGUGAUUACAUGUUUUAAGGAGAGUUCUUCGCUCUUAGCGGAAUUCGUGUUUGGUCUUUUUGUCAUUGUGAUUAGAUUGAUGCAUGCUCCCAGUUACAAGAGGAAAGUUGACUUUAUAGAGGAUCCUCUUCUCUCAUGCAAUACAGAGACAAAAGAAGGUCAAACUGAAUGUCUGGAUGGGAAAUCUGUCAGCUGUUGGCAGCUUCUUAUGUUCAAAUUUGUUAACAUGAUGAUGGAUAUUGGUGUGACCAGGCAACUUGAUUUUCAAGAUUUAGUUCCAUUGCCUUGUGAGCUUAAGCCUUCUUUAUGUCAUACUGCAUUAUUGGAUUGCUGGAAAGCUGAGAUGAAUAAGCAUUACUCCGAUCCGUCGCUGUUUAGAGCUAUGUACCAUGCAUAUGGUUGGCCUUAUUUGCGUCUAGGUUUGCUAAAGGCAUUAAAUGAUGGUGUUGGCUUUAUUGGUCCAUUGCUCCUUAACAAACUUAUUAGGUUUCUUCAGCAAGGUUCUGGUAGUAUGGAUGGAUAUAUUCUCGCAGUAUCCUUGGGUUUUACGUCCAUCAUAAAGUCCUUUCUUGAUACACAAUACUCUUUUCGUCUAAUGAAAUUAAAGUUGAUGAUGAGAUCAAGUAUAAUGACAUUGAUUUACCACAAGUGCCUACAUAUUAGUCUGGCUGAAUGUUCAACAUUUUCUGAAGGUGAAGUUCAAACUUUCAUGUCUGUAGAUGCAGAUCGGACAGUUAACUUAAGUAACAGCAUUCAUGAUGCAUGGAGCUUGCCUUUACAGAUAGGCGUGGCUCUAUUUCUUUUGUAUACGCAGGUCAGUUUUGCGUUCAUAUCAGGACUCACGAUAACUGUGUUGCUGAUACCAGUGAAUAAAUGGAUCUCUACAUUGAUUGCAAGUGCGACAGAGAAAAUGAUGAAACAAAAGGAUGAGAGAAUCAGAAGUGCUGGAGAACUUUUAACAUACAUCCGGACAUUGAAAAUGUAUAGCUGGGAGCUAUUAUUUACCCAACGUUUGAUGGAAAGAAGAAAAAUGGAAGUGAAACACCUCUCAACUCGGAAAUACUUGGAUGCAUGGUGUGUGUUUUUCUGGGCAACAACCCCAACACUGUUCUCCUUGUUUACUUUUGGGGUCUUCGUGUUAAUGGGGCAUCCAUUAGAUGCUGCUACAGUUUUUACCUGUGUUGCACUUUUCAAUACAUUGAUUUCUCCUUUAAAUUCGUUUCCCUGGGUGAUUAAUGGAUUGAUAGAUGUAAGUCACAUGAUUUUAUCUUUUAUUUUUCUUGUUUGUAUGAAUUUUCCUCAUUUUAAUGUUGCAUUAAUACAAAAUCUGUUACAGGCUAUAAUUUCUACUAGGCGACUGAGCAGAUUUUUGUCCUGCCCUGAGAAAAGUUCUGAAAUUAAAAGGGCAUCUAUCUGGGAACUACAAGGACAUGAUCCUCUGCCUUGUUUUUUAAGGGAUCUGACAUGUAGUAAAGAGCACGCAGCUAUUCUCUUUAAGGAUGCAUCUUCUGUGUGGUCUAGCAGCUCAAAAGUGGAAAAGAGCACUGUUCUGAAUAACAUUUCUGUGGAAAUUCCAAAUGGUCUCUUUGUUGCUGUAAUUGGCGAGGUUGGUUCAGGCAAGUCAUCUUUGUUAUGUUCUGUUUUGGGUGAAAUGAGACUCAUUCAGGGGUUCAUUCUUUCCCAUGGGUCAACAGCAUAUGUGCCACAGGUUCCAUGGAUCCUUUCAGGUUCAGUGCGCGAUAACAUUUUGCUUGGAGAUAAUUUUGACACUAUAAGAUACAGAGAAGUAUUACAGGCAUGUGCACUUGAUGUUGAUAUUUCACUGAUGACUGGGGGUGAUCUUGCAUAUAUUGGAGAAAAAGGAGUCAACUUAUCUGGUGGACAGAGAAGCCGUCUUGCCUUAGCAAGGGCUGUCUACAGUGACUCCGAUGUUUACUUGCUUGAUGACAUACUUAGUGCAGUUGAUUCUCAAGUCGCAUCCUGGAUUCUGCAUAGAACUAUAUUAGGCCCUCUAAUGAACCAAAAGACACGGAUUCUAUGCACUCAUAAUCCUCAGGCAAUUUCUGCUGCAGAUAUGAUACUGAUCAUGGACAAAGGACAUAUAAAGUGGGUUGGGAAUUUAUCCAGUUUUAUAGAAUCUCCACAUUCAAAAAUUUCUCUACCAAAAGAUUCAGACUUCUCAUCAUUACAAUUGUUACUGAAAGAAAGCAAGGGAAGUGCUUCUGAUGAAAUUAUGUUUAUGCCUUCGGUAGACAACGAACUUAUAGCUGCUUCAGUGGAUGCAAACAAAAGUGCUGAUAUGGAAGAGUCAAGGAAAGAAGGCAGAGUCGAACUUGCUGUUUAUAAAAGUUAUGCCAAGUUUGCCAGCUGGCCUGUUGUUAUUCUUAUAUGUAUCUCAGCAUCUUUUAUGCAAGCAUCCCGAAAUGGUAAUGACCUAUGGUUAUCUCAUUGGGUUGAUGCCACUGCUGGAACUGAGCACACAAGAUUUUAUUUGCUUGUGCUCUCCAUCUUUGGUUUUAUGAAUUCUCUUUUCACCUUAGCAAGGGCAUUCUCAUUCUCAUAUGGUGGUCUACGUGCUGCAGUCGAGGUGCAUGCUGAGCUUCUAAGUAAACUGGUUAAUGCACCUGUAUAUUUCUUUGACCAAAACCCCAGUGGAAGGAUUCUUAAUAGAUUAUCAUCAGAUUUGUAUGCUAUUGACGAUUCUCUUCCAUUUAUUCUCAAUAUUCUCCUAGCCAAUUUCUUUAGCUUGCUGGGUAUCGCAGUAGUUUUAUCAUAUUCACAGAUCAUUUUUUUGCUACUGUUAGUUCCUCUGAGUUAUAUAUAUAGAAAACUGCAGUUCUAUUACAGGUGCACUUCACGUGAGCUACGGAGACUAGACAGUGUUUCACGCUCACCUAUAUAUUCAUCUUUCACAGAAACAUUGGAUGGCUCAUGUACUAUAAGGGCAUUUAAGAAAGAGGAAAUAUUUAUGGCCAGAUUCCUGGAACAUGUUCGGUUGUAUCAGCAAACCUCGUAUUCUGAGCAAACAGCAAGUUUGUGGCUUUCUUUGCGCCUCCAAUUAUUGGCAGCAUCCAUUAUUUUAUUUAUUGGUGUGAUGGCUGUCAUUGGUUCCAGACAUGAUUUUCCACUGAGCCUUGGUACUCCUGGUUUGGUAGGAUUGGCCCUAUCUUAUGCAGCACCAAUAGUUUCAUUGUUGAGCAGUUUUCUUACCAGUUUUACUGAGACAGAAAAGGAAAUGGUUUCUGUUGAGAGAGUUGUUGAGUACAUGGAUAUUCCACAAGAAAGACUUCAAGCAUCCCAAGCUCUGCUUCCAGAUUGGCCAAUGCAAGGACAGAUUGAAUUUGAACAUGUCACCCUUCGAUAUAAACCAUCAUUGCCAGCUGCUUUACAUGAUCUUUCUUUCAGUAUUGCAUCAGGCAUGCAGGUUGGAAUUGUUGGGAGAACAGGAGCUGGAAAGUCUAGCAUACUUAAUGCACUUUUCCGCCUUACACCCAUCUGUAAUGGACGCAUACUGGUAGAUGGUCUUGACAUUGCUGACAUUGCUGCUAGAGAGCUUCGUGGGCGUUUUGCAGUAGUUCCUCAGAGCCCAUUCUUAUUUGAAGGUUCUCUAAGGGAAAAUCUAGAUCCUUCUUGUAUGACUCCUGAUUUCAAAAUCUGGGAAGUUCUUGAAAAAUGCCAUAUCAAAGAAGAAGUAGAAACAGCUGGUGGACUUGACAUCAUUGUUAAAGAAAAUGGAACAUCAUUUUCAGUUGGCCAACGGCAGCUUAUAUGCCUUGCACGUGCAAUCAUUAAAUCCUCCAAGGUACUUUGCUUGGAUGAAUGCACAGCAAAUGUUGACACUCAAACAGCACUGAUUCUACAAAGUACGAUCUCCAAUGAGUGCAAGGGCACAACCGUUGUCACAAUAGCACAUCGCAUUUCUACAGUAUUGAACAUGGACCUUAUCUUAGUGCUUGAUCAUGGGAUUCUGGUUGAACAAGGAAAUCCUCGAGAUCUUGUCAAAGAUGAAUGCUCCAGAUUUUCAAGCUUUGUCAAAGCAUCUACCAUGUAAGCAAGACAUGGAAGCUGAAUGAUGCAGGACAUGAGAAAUUAUGGAAGCGCAGGUGAUGCAGCUUGCAGGGCCCAGAGUCUUCAGACCUUCAUUAUAAUCAGUCAAACAAACAAAGCUUCAUCUUGGACAUGAAAAGAGGAGGAGAAUUAAUUCGAUGCAUGGGCCAAGUCAAUUUCUGUCAAAUCAAGAGACAGACAUUGGCACAUCACAUCCUCCUCCCUAUUUUCUAGUUUUCAUUCGGUGAGGAAUUUGAUGAAGUCUAAUUAAUGUAUGUUUCAUAAUAUCUUGUCUUAAAGAGUUUGAUUAGAUGACCGAUAAACCCAAAAGUUUUAAGAAUGAGUCAACAAUAUAUGAUUCAAAUCAAUUGGUGUUUUUGGUAUUA